AUGACUAGCGUGCCCUCAGAAAUGGCGGAACCGCCGCCAACUCUUGACUUCCGUCAUGGCGGACUCAACGACCGUGAACGCGCAUGGCGCGAUCGACAACCCUGGCUUCAAGAGCGCGGGUACAUGCUCCGACCGCGCUAUAGACCGGACUGGAAACCAUCUUGGCUCGGCACAGACAAGUCCUUCAUAGGGUGUGAAGACGGACUAACUAUUCUCAGCGGCAACAUACUUGAUGCCACCAGGAUAUCGGACGGCACGUUAGUGAUGCUCAAGCAGGUGAACUCUCGUGUUCAUCCUCAUGAAGUGGAAAUCACACGGUUCCUAUCCUCUGAGCCCGUUGCCUCUGACCCGCGCAAUCAUUGUAUGCGUUUGGUGGACGUUCUUCCCGAUCCAAGCGAGCAGGAUGUCUCCAUUAUUGCAGUCGCUCUGUUCAAACAGCUCAUCGAGGGAUUGCAAUUCAUACAUGCACAGCAUGUCGCUCAUCGCGAUAUCACCAUUCUUAAUGUCAUGAUGGACGCAUCGGCAAUGUAUCCAAACAUGUGGCAUCCCCAGAUGCCUAUCUUCAACCGCGACUACUACUCCGGAUCCGUGAAGCACUACAGCCGGACCGAGAGGCCACCGAAGUACUACUACAUCGACUUCGGGCUCUCCCGCAAGUACAAUCCGGAAGAUGGGCCUCCUCGUGAGCUGCCUAUCCGCGGCGGAGACAAGAGCGUUCCCGAGUUCCAAGGUGAAGGAUACGACAAACCGUGGGACCCAUUCCGCACGGAUAUUUACUACCUGGGCAGUUUGAUCCGCGAGGCGUUCUUGGAGAAGUAUCGUAACGUGGAUUUCAUGCGGCCGCUUGUCGACGACAUGGUCCAGGACAACCCAGACAAGAGGCCAACCAUCGACGAGGUCGCCUCAAGAUCGGAACUGCUCUUCGGUCAGCUUUCAUCGUGGAAGCUACGAGCCAGGCUCGUGGAGAGAGAGGAGACGGCGUUCACGCGGACCACGCGUAACAUAUCGCACCUUUUCCACACGGCGCGACACAUCGUCAGACGUCUACCUGCUGUCCCAUUACCAUCGAAAUGA